AUGCCGGCCGCUUUCAAGUGCCCGAUUCUCGUCGAUUUCUUGUCGUUGAAAGAUUCCAGAUCCUUUCCCACAAUGGUCAGUUCCUUGCCUGUCCCUUACCAUUUCCCAUUCCUUAUUUGCAGUUCCUUUAUGACUGUGACGUGCUCACGACGCUCGCUUCUCUCCGCAGUCUCAUCUGUCAAUGGACAGACAUUCGCAGCACCAAAAGCCUGUAUUUUAAGAGUUUGUAAAUAGUUUAAUUUAAGCUGAUUAAUCGAAUGUUUCAGGAAAUCCGCACUACUGUCAGUUGGACGAAAGCGGCCGGAUGUACUUGAACACGGCCACAAACUUCACGGUCCCCUUCGAGAAGAGCACGGCCUGUCUGAAUAGAUUCACUCUUCUGGAGCAUGGACAGACUUGGGAGGAGUUCAUCUCCACUUCGUAUUCGGGCGUCGCCAAGUUCCGUCUGAAGAACGGAAUCUGCGUGGCGUUCACCUAUAAAGUCUAUGCUCAGUCUCGCGAUCAACCCAUUGACAUCAUAGUCAGAACGGAGCAAGCGGUCCAAACGGAAGUCGAGUUCCACUUCAUCAACUGUUUCUUCACCAAAAAGAAACUCUGGCGUUACUCGGUAAGUUCCCAAAUAUUCGACUGUGACAUUGAAUGAAUCCCUUCUUCAGAUGUACCGUAACCGCACUUUUCUCGAAGAAGAAUUGAACAGCGACGACUUGUGGAACAAGUUAUCGCCCGAGAAGCAGACGAAACUGCUCGACGCGCUCGAGAACCGUCUUCCCGAAUUCCUCGUCAGAAUCGGAAACGGAAUCGAGUGCGUCGACCAAGUGAACAUCGUCAGCCCGGUCGAGAACGAGUCCGUUUGGGUGACACCGAGGAACAAUUUCGAACCGUUGUACUGA